AUGAUUAACGUUCUAGAAAAUGUCGUCUUGGAAGGUUUUACAGGGAUUAUACCGUCUGUUUGCGUCGGAAACGUGGGUCAAUUGGCUGCGGAUUUAAUAAUACAUAGUUUAAAUUUAAAAAAAUUGGGAUACGUUUGGCAUCCGUCCGUGAUAUCACUCGCCGGAUCAGAUCCUUACGGGUGGCAUAAUUCUAUUUCUUUGGGCUUGGAAAUUUUUUAUUCGAGCUCUCUAAAAAUAAUUGUUUUUCAAAUACGCACAACAAUUAUAGAUAAUAAUAGUUUCGUUCAAGAUUUGGUUUCUUGGUUACUGAAAAAUAAGUUGAAGCAAAUAAUAGUGUUGACAGGUAGUUCGGCUCACGAAAGAAGAGAUGAACAAUUAGUGGGAAAACCGUUACGUUUUUUAUUUUGUCCCAACACAAAAAAACUAGAGUAUUCCAAAGCUCUCGAAAGGCAAUGGGUUGAAUUUGAAAAUGUGAAUAUUUCAGAGAAUUCCUCUUGUAAAUUUUCACUUCCUCAUAUGCCUGGUUCUGGGUUUGCAUUGAAAUUAUUUAAAAACUGUUGUGAAAACAAUGUGCCUUGUUCAGUGUUAAUAAUGUUCUGUUCAGAUGGUAAUAAUGCACCUGAUGCCAUGGAUUUAGCAGAUUAUGUAAAUGAAUGGUUAUUGUUAAAAGAAGAGCAAAAAUUAAUGAAUUGGAUGAUUCCUCCUUCAUGGAACCUGGUUUUCGGGUCUUGUCCUCCAUUAGAAAUAUUCAAUUAA